AAAUGGAAUACCAAUGUAAAUUCACAUAGUUAUCAUUUUUAAAACAGUGCAUUUUGUCUCUGUUAUUGCAGAGAAGACAUUAGAUGAUGCCAAUCUUACCAAGCUACCUUCUGAUGAAGGAACGGUGGUGUACAAUAAUGAGCCUGGUCCUGAGAAAUAUGUAAGUGCAACACAUUUUUUUCAAGUUAUACUGUAGUGCAGUUAUGUAGUGUGACAACCAGUGUGGCAGCUGCCAAAUUCACUAGUAGAUACAGUACAUGCCUGGAAAACGCUUCCUUGAGAAGAUAAUUGGGAGCUUAAUCAACCACAACGACAAGAACAACAACAAAAAUAAUUGAUAAUUAGUUUUAUGAGCAAAAUAACAGCUCUGCACGUGCGUCAUGCUUUCUAGUACAUGCUGCAUUUCUUUGACGUCCACUGCCCGUUGGCGUGAAAUCUCCUAAUGCGACGUUUUAUGGGGGACGUGAACAUGGGAAUCUGGAUAAAGUCCGUAUUAAAAGAAUUCAACUCCAGCAGAAAUUGCCUACAUUUGACAAAUUGAGUGGUUCGAAAUAAACACUAUAAAGUUUAACAGGAUGCAAAUUAUUUUUUUUUCAGCGACGUUUUCACUACCAUUGUUGUCAUCAUUGCUAAAGUGCCCAAUAGUAAUAUUGAAAUGCGUUAUUAUUACGUUAAUUUUCUCAUUUGUGGCAAUUAAUUUUCAGUUUGUCAGGUCUCGUGUUGGUGGCAGUCAGAUUUCCAAUAAACCCUUUUAUAAAUUAUCAACACCUGAUGACCAUACACUGCUUUUUGAGUCUCGAUUUGAGUGCGGGAAUCUCUUGAGGGCAAUAAAAGUGUGAGUAUGUAAUAUGUUGUGUAAAUUUUAAUUCGUGAUGUUGUGCUUAAAGGUCUCUUAUUUAAUUACCCGCAGUCUUACGUGUAUUUCAAUGUACAAUGUAUGUUCACACAAAAUAUAAGAAAAGGAUGACAACCUUAUGAUUUCAUUGUCAAAGAUGUACAUGUACAUGUAGUGGUCACUGGGGAAGGGAGAGGGGGGUGGAGGGUUAGGGUUAGGGUUAGAGCUGUUUUCUCAGGCUACUAAAGGGAGAUGUACGCAGUAACGUAAGUUUUUCCUUUACUUGUCGUUUACUGUUCAUCAUUAUCCACACGGAAAUCAGUAAUGUUAUGCCAUUUUAUCCAUAAUUAAUUGUUUUGAGCAGUUUUUAUCCAUUCAUUUUCUAAUUUGAGAAGUUUGCGGUAAACAGGACUCUAAAUCUCUCUAUAAUUCUUUUUGUAUGAUUUUGUAUGUGAAAGAAAGGAAAUAAAAUAUGGAUCAAGAAGGCAGGAUUCAUAACUCAGUCGGUAGAGCGCUUGACUGCAGAGCAGGAGGUGGUGGGUUCGAUUUCCCGAACCUGAACAAUACUCAGGGUCUUGAAAUAACUGAGAAAUGACGAUACCGCCUUUGCCCUGCAAGCGGGACUGAGACCUUCGCGUGGUUCGGAUGACCACGUAAAAUGACGGUACCGUCUGCAUUAGAAGACGUUAAAAUAAUGACCUCCAUAAGUACUUUUGUGCAAAAUACAUUGACACUCAAAUUAAGUGCUUUUGUUGUAAAAUUAUCAACAUUGUUUUGUUCGAUUGAUCUUUUAGAAAUGAUCAUGAAUACCAGCUGUGGCUGAGAAAUGAUUUAUACACCAAUAAACACACACAGUGGUAUUACUUCAGAUUACAGAACACUAGGCCUGGCAUCAAGUACCAGUUCACCAUCAUGAACCUACUUAAGGUGAGAGCGGAGGCCGGGAAAAAGGACACGCUUAUUUAAUUAUUGUUCGUUGUUUGUUUUUUGAGGUGUGAGAAACUUCUGAUUCUGAUCGCUUGAUGUUGAAUGCAAUGGGCCCUUCCACGAUUUUUAACAUGGACCAGGAAGUGAAACAAUGCUAGAACGAUUUGUACAUUUGCCAAGUGUUAGGCUAACGAGGAUAUAGAUCCACAAAGUCACGAAAUUAUACAGUUUCUUCUAUGUUGGGGUAUAAACUUGCCCCCCCCCCCCCACUACCAUUAUCACGACCACCAUACAGACGUCCGUCGGGAGCCCAUGACUCGUAGGCUGCAGCGUCUGUGAAAAACGAAGAAUGAAAACGAGAAAUCAUAAUACGGUUCGUAAUGAAAUUAUUGCCUACAAAUUUGCAAGUGAAAAAGGGAAACUUUAUUUUAUGUUAAAUAAAGAGCUCCACACUAGUUCCCAGUAUUUUUAUUAUUGAUCCCUCUGAAUAUGAAGUAUUAACCCGGAUUUUGUUAUUCUUCUCAUACUGUAGUCUGGCAGUCUUUAUAAUGAAGGUAUGAGACCUUUGCUAUACUCAGAACUAGACGCCGCAACCAAGAAAAUCGGCUGGGUCCGAACUGGAGAAAACAUCAAGUACUACAAAAAUGGCGUAAGGUAUAGUACAGAAGAUCUUUUCUUGAGCUGCUGUAGGCUAACCAGUUUUCUUAAGAUAAACGUCCUGCACAAAUCGGGCCGUGUGGAUCGAGAGUAGUAAAGGAAAAGUACUUACUAUGUAAUGAAAUCACGUUAUUUAAACCAACCCCUAUUUUUCUAUAUGACAAAAGCGAAUAAAGUUAGCGUCAGUGAUACAUGUAUUAAAAUCUAUGGAACAGGGCUUCCUUUGACAUAACGUACCUUUGAAACAUGCAAGCGAUUUUUCCAGUCUUGGCACUGCGUUAUAGCCGAGUUCCACUACAGUUUCGUUGAUAGGAAAUCGUCGAAGAGCAUUUUCAGUCGGAGCUUCAUGAGUUAAAACUGACGUAAAUUUUUGCGUCAGCCAAUCACAGUGCGAGCAGACGUUCAAAUUUACCAAUCAGUGAAGCAAAAACAGCGGGCGAAAAGCGCGGGAAAACGCGUGUGAGCAAGUCAUGACGGUAUAAUGGGUUUAUUUUUCAUUAGUGGAAGGAAAUGGCGUGAUCUUUUUUUGAGCCAAUCACGUGCGAGCUGAUAGUAAAAUACGCCAAUCAAAUUUCGAAGAAAUGCUAAUAGGGCGGCCAAGUGCAAAGCGCUGAAAAAAUGCGUGCACCCCGAAUUUGUUUUCCAUCCAAUCACAGAACACAGUAAUCCAAUGUUAAUUGCUUUGGACCUCACUAAAAUUUUUAACCACUUUUUCUUGUUGUCUUUGUAGACGUGAAGACACCACAAAAGAAAAGUAUCACUAUUCUCUGACCUGGACGUGUGACUUUCCAAAUGAGGACGACACGUACUACUUUGCGCACUGUUAUCCCUACAACUACUCAGAUUUACAGGUUUGUCUUCUGAAUUCAAAAUCCUUUACUCUUAAAAUUUCUAAUAUAUAGAUUUAGCCAGGGCUAAAAGCGAAGCUCUGGUUAAUAAUACGUGUAAACAAAAAAAAAAUGAAUCGUGCAAUGCUAAACGGGGACGACAGUGAAAAUGGCUUCAAGACUAAUAGGUCUAAUUAGCAAAAAAACAAAUUGCACGUGCAGCACACUUUUUUGUCUUUCCCUUGCCGUUGUUUUGCACGACAACAACGCUGUUUUGUACGACUAAAACUUCAAACUUCCUAGUUACACAUUAUUUUUAUGGAGGAAUUGUCGUGUGUGCUUACCCAAUAUUUUCUUUCCUGUGUUCAUGCUCGCUUUUAUUUUUCACUGCCGCUCAUUUUCACCUUGUUGGCUGCUAGCAUUUCUUAUUUUUUCACCGCCGCUUUGAAUUUCCAUGUUUUUCUUCCUACGAAAUUCGUCUCCUUUGUUUUGUUAAUCACUCGCUCUAGCUCUUUCUCUGUUAUCCACGUUAGUGUAAACAUAAAGAAUAACGCCGAAAAAGAUACGACUUUGUUGUUGUUUUUUCUUUCUAAAAGUCUGGGCGGCCAUGUGAUUUCCUUCCAAAUAAAACCUUGAGUUGCAUUUGGGUUGCCAUACCUGUUGAUUGAGUUAUUUUACAUUGGCAUGCUUGUGGUGCGGACGGACGGGCGGUCGGUCGGUCGGGCGGUCGGUGUACGGUACUGUGAACAAUUUCAAUAAAGUAUAUAGGGUAGACUAGAAAAGCCCUUUUUUUGCUUAAAUUAACCCUCUAAGAAGGAGAUCUGGAGGUCCAAUGAUUUCUUAAACCGCGGCCUAUGUUAGACUUCGUUUGUAUAACGGACGGCGACGGCUACGAGAACUUCAGAAUAGCAAGCAAUAUCUUUAAUGAGCAAAACAACAACUUUGCACAAGGAGCACACUUUUUUUGUACAUUUCUCUGCGUCAGUGUACGACCACGACUUGAUGCCUAAAAUUUCACGCUCUUAAGGAGGACGUAAACGAGCGACUACCAAAUUUUUUUCUGUCUCGGAACUUGGAUAUGGUUCUGAGGAUUUCAACUAUAUGGGAGUUCGCCUACAUUUAACAAAGUAACUUGAGUAGGACUAAUCGCGGUCAAAAAUGAAAGAGCUGUCGACGUCGUGGUUGAAAGACGACGCUGACUUACUCUAGGUGUCCGCCUUGUACUACUGUUGGACAUCAAAGAAAAUGAAUGCAGAAUGACAGCAUCGCUAUUCAACUCGUUUUGCAAAACAAGUUGCAAAACAAGUUGCAUGUGUUUUGUUGCCCGUUUUUCCGUACCUUAAGCUCGUGCAAAGAUGGCCGGUAUCGUGAAUAAGGUCUAUUCAAGUCGCUCCUCACUAUCUGAAUGGCUUUAAAAGAACCUUUCAGCCUAACGUAGUUGAUGCUUUAUUAGUAGGAAAUGGUAAGCAUGUUGUACAUUGCAACCAGUUUACACCGAUAUUUGACCCUCCAUACAUGGAUACAUAAGCUCUUUUACUUACGAUACUUGUACCUUUUCUGUUUGUUUUGCAAGGAAUAUCUUCAAAACUUGAGGAAUGACCCCGUGCGAUCGAGAAUUUGCAAACAGAGAGUGUUAUGUCGCACUCUUGCUGGGAACUUUGUUUAUAUUCUUACAGUGACGAAUCCCUCGAGAAGGCCAGCUGAUGCCGAGGUUUGUAAAAUAAUGAAAAAAUGAUGAAAAAUUACAACCAUAAUAUCAUUGGUGACGAAGUACUCCUCGAUUUUGGCGCGAAAAUUUCAGCGUUAAUUAAUAAUCUCACAUCUGAAAUUACAGAAUUGCCAUGGAAACCUUCCGUACGUCUUAGUGCCAAGAUGGCGACGAAGUUUCAAAAUGUUAUGAAUGAAGAUGUCAGGCAUUAAAAUACGCUUUAGAAAACCUAAACAAACGAAAAAGCACAUCAAGAAAACCUCAAAACGUGCCUGAAACGUUGUCAUCAUCAUCAUCAGCACAAGCAUUAGCAUCAUCAUUAUCAUCAUCACUACUGCCACCACCAUCACCACCGCCAUUAUCAAUAUCAUCAUCAUCAUCAUCAUCAUCAUUAUCAUCAUCAUGAGACCUUUGCUUUACGUAGAGCUAGACGCCGCACCUAAAAAAAUCGGCUGGGUCCGACCUGGGGAAAACAUCAAGUACUCUAAAAUGGCAUCAGGUAUUAAGCAGAAAUAUAUUUUUUCUAAGCUUUUGUAGGCAAACCAGUUUUUUUUUGGUAAGAUGAAAGCCAAAUCAUGCCGUGUGAACCAAGGGUAGAAAAGAAAAAGUACUUUCAACGAAACCCCAUUAUUUGACAGUAGAGGGCUGGGUACGAGUCUGUUUAUUAUGGGAUAAACAACACGAGACCCACGUAGUGAGAAAGAGCACGUAGGGGUUAGUAACAUUCCUAAGUUUGGUGUUGAACAGGCCUAUAUUGAACGAGAUACAUCCAUUAAAAAACUCCAAAAUUUACUAAGAAAGGUAUAGACGUCCGGACGGUGUGUCCGGCAAUCCAUAUAUCUCUUAUAAAUUUUCAAGAUUUUAAAUAGCUGUGUCUUGUUCAAUAUUGGUCCGACUGACACCAAACUUGGGAUUUUUCUUAACCUCAAUGUGCUCUUUCUGACAAUGUGAGUCUUGUGUUGUUUAUCGCAUAACAAACGGACUCGAACCCAGCUCUCCUGGGAAUGGAAUUAGGCAAUGCAUAUGUCAGAUUACAAUCCACGUUCAAUUGAACCCACUGUCGUAUAAAUUGUGUGUUUGUUUGACAGGCCAAACAAGGUGUGGUGGUGACAGCACGGGUUCACCCGGGAGAAACAAACUCAAGUUGGAUGAUGAAAGGACUUUUAGAUUAUCUCACAAGCAAUGCUGCUGAUGCUAAGGUUCCAUAUGACUGUUGACUGUUUUUUGUUUGUUUAAUAGCUGGUAUUAUAAGGUGAUUUAGCAUAGGAUUGUCUGAAACAAUCAAGGCUGAUGAUGUCCAGGUUGAUUACAUAAACUGCAACUGCUUUUUUGUACACUUGAUAUCAGCCAAAAUGUUAGUUUUUCUUGCAAAGUUCACCCAUAACCUAGACUAUGAGCGUUCUCUCUUUUUUCAUAGUCUGUCGAGCGGAACGCGCGACACACGAAAGUGACCACGCGCGUGACUAAAGGCGCGAGACGGGAGAGGCUUCGCAGCUCGACGCUCGCGCACUCGUGCACUCCCCUCACUAAAUCUGAAGAAAAAUAGAGACUACUUGCAGUCUACCUAUAACCAGGCCAUUCAAACGUAUCCCUUAUAGGUCGAUUCAUUUUCAGCAUACUCGCAUGUCCGUUGAAAUCUUUCAUUGCUUUCCGGCUUAAAAACAGUAAAAAUUCCCAAGAGGCCAAGGAGACGGCCAUGCGCAUAUAGCUAUUCCGAGAAAGGUUGUCGGAAAAAAUGCACGCGGCAAUCCCGAAAGGUAUUGUGGAUGAUUUUGAAUGCACUUUUCUUCAAAGAAAUUUGAAAAAAUGGCACGGGAGGCCAGGACGUAUGUUUGCGCGUGUUAAAGGAAAGCAACAAAAGUAGUUUCGACAGCUACAGCCUUCAGGAACAGUGUAUUGAUCAUAUCCCAUAUUACUUUUCGGGAUUGUCGCGUGCACAUUUUUUGCGACAACCUUUUUCGAAAUAGCUGUAUGCUUCAAAUUAAUCCACCCUAAAAAGCAAAGGACGUUAAUACGUGACGGCGACAUUUGGAACUUUGAAGGGUUCAACUCCAAAAGACUCCAAAAGAAAUUGGAAUUGGAAUCAAUGUGGUCUUUGCUCUCUUGUUUCCAGCUUCUACGAGACACGUUCAUUUUCAAAAUUGUUCCCAUGCUGAACCCAGAUGGAGUCAUUGUUGGAAACUAUCGCUGUUCAUUGGCUGGCAGAGAUCUGAACAGGAACUAUAAGACGGUAUUGAAAGAUUCUUUUCCUCCAAUAUGGCACGUGAGGAGCAUGGUUCGAAAGUGAGUGUGGUCUUCGUCUGCAGUGAAUUUUACUUGAAUACUCGAGACUUUCAGUACAGUCUAAAAUCUACGUAAUUGUGCCUUUUUUUUCGCAGAUUAUUAGAGGAACGAGACAUAACUUUGUACUGUGAUCUUCAUGGGCAUAGUCGCAAACAGAAUGUGUUUAUAUACGGCUGUGAAAAUAGGUUUGAUCCCCUAAAAAGACUCAGGGAGAGAAUUUUUCCUGUGAUGAUUUCGAAAAAUGCGCCAACCAAGGUAAAUUUUGUUGCAAGUGUGAUAUACUUAUGUAAAAUCAGCCUUGUUUUGUUGUUGUUGCUUUGUUUGUCCUUUUCUGCUCGUCUUGAAGGGAGUUGAUUGUAUUUUAUAGUUGUAACCUGAAUUUACUUUUUUUUUCUUUCACCGUAGUUCUCAUUCAAAAGCUGCAAAUUUAAGGUCCAAAAAAGCAAGGUAGGUGUACCGUUUUGGGUAUACAAUGAACAGAGUUGGUUUCCUCUAGUUAGUCAUGUAUGUAAUUUUGGCUGCUCUUUGGGGGAUACCUGAUAGCGUAUUUUUGAUUGUGCUGUUCUUGGUUUUCCUGUGCAGGAAGGAACUGGGAGAAUUGUGAUGUGGAACUUGGGAAUUUUGAACAGCUUCACCAUGGAGGUAAUUCUGCGUGUCGUUUUUUUUAAUGUUUUGUGUGCUAGUCCAGGCUGCAAUGAGACGUUUCUACAGUGACUAGUGUCUUUGUGAGCUGUCUCCUAUUACUCGACGCACAGCUUUUCAAACUACAAUCGAAGGUCUCCUUACGACCAUUCUCGUAAGCGACCAGCUCUAGUUACGACCACCUUUAUGAAACCCCGUUUGACCCGUGACUGAAACUUUGUAAUGAAAAGCUUUCGUAAGCGACCGUUCCCGUAAGCGAUCGCAACCACUUUUGGAAUCACCCAACUGGCCUUUUCCUUUGUUUUUAAGCUCUCGUAAGCGACCACUCAGAGUCCUAUUCAUAUAAAUCUCAACUUUAAUGAAACUGAACACUAUGCUAAUGGUUCGUUGAAAAACAUCUUGCACAGUGCAGUAUUAUAUUUUGUAAACGUUCAAGUUCAUCUUAGCCUGCGUGCCAAUGACCACUCAGUGCCUGCAUCAGGUACACGUAUCUGAGAAUGAAACUAUACUGGAGUCACCUACGUGUCUUAAAUUUUUUUUUCUGAUUUUGUGGCCAUGCUCUGAGUUUGGUUUGUUUGUUUUUCCUAGGCAACCUUCUGUGGCUCGUCACUGGGGAAACGUGCAGGGUAUCAUUUUAACACCGUCGACUUUGAGUCAAUGGGAUAUCAUUUGUGUGACACUCUGUUAGACUACUGUGAUCCUGAUGAUUCGAAGGUUUGUCGUAGCUUUGCUCUCCAACUCAACGGGAUUAAAAUAAAAUACGUAAUCGUAUCCCUCAACCCUCCCUUGGAUGGUGGCAUUUGGCCUUUGUUCAACGACUACUAGCCUGGAUUUUUUUGUCACACACAAUACUGGGAGUGCGAGCGGCCCCUGUGGGUUAACAUUAGUUUUUUGUCUUGUAAAUUGUUAUUUGUAAAUAUCUUACUAUCCACUCCCCUCAAGGCUUUUCAGGGAAAAUUUUCAACAUUGGUUGGGGGACUUUUUGCUAAACUGAAUGCAGUGCAUUUUACAAUUAAUGAAGGAAAGAGUAACUGAUGCAUGCCCAUUUUGCAUGGCCCCUAUGUGAGUGUGAAUUUGGGAUUGACCACCACACUGGGGACUACGUCCGUGUGGGUCCUUUAUCGUCCCACCGAGAAUUUAUUAAAUAUGUAAGGUUUUGAGACGGAGCCUUCUUAUCCGAGAAGACUGGAAAAUCUAACCGUUUGCAGAUGUCAAUAGAGACCUUAAGAUCGUGGUUUUUCGGCAUUUCCCGCGAACCGCGAACGUCAAGAAGUUACUUGACCAGUGCCUUGCAGUCAGGUUUGCAGUCUGAGGGUUUGAGGCUCACGUUUGUACGACUAGACCAUGCUCUAGAGAUAAGUGAUUUACCGCAAGAUGCCGGAAGUUUGCACCCUAAAACAUCCCAAUCCCACGUAUGUGAGAAAGUACUACUUUGUAGAACUUUUUCGCUUAUUAACUAUCGAAUUCUUUUUCAUAGAAACGUAAAUAUUAAGACAGUUUCUCAGCUAAAAUAUAAGUAAGUGGAUGAAUGAAAACAAACAUGGCAGCCGCGAGCUACCACCAGCGAAUCUUAAGUCUCAAAUAUGGGCAGACGGGUGACGUGAUACCGUAAACCGCAAACCGCAGUUUGACUUUUGCAGUAAAAUGGCCAAACCUGGAUCUUAAGGUCUCUAUUGGAAAGGUAGCACUUUCUCCUCAGUUAUUAAGAAACCCUGAGUGUUGGUCCGCUUGAUGUUUGAACCAGAGGCCUCCCGCUCGGCAGACCGGCGCUUAUUAAUUAAUUUUCAUUAUAUUGGCAACUUUGAGGUUGAAACUAGGUCGGUGUUGUCUCGAAUUCCAUUAUGGAACUGUUCGGGGGACGCGUUCUCUUCUACGGUCGCAUAUUAGGAUGAUACGUUUAUUUAUUCAUUUACAAAAAGUGGUUCAAAAUUCGUCCUCCAAAACAGUCCCACAAUGCAGUUCGACGCAAUUGUUACCCAGUCUUCCGCGCAAACCCACAACGAUCAAUUUUCUUUUCAGUACAUAACUAUCUUAAGAGAGUUGGAACUAAAAAUGAAGGCAGAGAUUUUAGAAAACAUGAAACGCAAAGGAACUGCCGCACCUAACUUGACGGAAUCCGACAUAGAUCUGGACCUUAACUACCCAUCGGACAUAGAAUCGAGGUACGUGAAAAAUGAAAACCCUUUGGGCCAGUUAUUUAAACGGAGUUUAGCCAGUGUUUGACAAAACCGCGUUCUAAGCCAUUUUCAGUUUGCAGAACGCUCUUAUAUAAACACCACUUAUCGUGAAGAGUUUCAUGAAAUCACAUGGCGUAGACUAGAACAGCAUUUGCUCGAAUUUGUCUUCUUAAAAUAAUCCACUAUGGACGAGACCUCGAAGUCCAAAGAUUUCCUAAACCGCGGUCUAAGUUAGACUUCGUUUGAUUAACCUACCCUUUAGGUUUAGUUAUGGUAAAAGCCAUUAAUAGAAAAGCCCUUUACAAAUUUUUAGGACAAGACCCAAGAUAGACUACCCUGGAAAGGACUGGAAACCUCAGGAUAAAAUCUUAAUGUUUCCUUGUACGAUCUUUAAAAUAACUUUCUUUACGUUUUAGCACUGGUGGUUCAGACAGUUCGGUGUCGGACGGUCUUCCCAUGCAUCUAAUUUACGCUCCUGAGGGACUAAAAUUGGUAAGUUAUCUCGUUAGUGUUGUGUCAUUUGCGUUCCGUAAUGUUAUUGCGUUCGCUUAUCACAAAAACACAGACGUUUAUUGCACCAGUUAGAAUUCUGAACAUACAUGUAUACAUACAGCCGGUGCGUCGCCUAAAAAGCGCGCUAAAAGGCUGGUCACAUGUCAUAUGGCUCUGCACGUGAUUGGUUGACAAAGCGGUGCCAUUUUUCUCUAGCCAAUCACAUAAGUAACAGUGCAAACUUAAAGAAAAGAUUUUGUUUUGUUUGCCUUAUUACUUUUGAAACAGUUUUUUUGAAACCGCUUUGAAGCAUUACAAGAGUUCUUGCCGGCUUUUUUUUUUUAUGGGGUCAUAUGAACAUGCGCUCAGUUAUUUGUCUCAUUGACGACUGAGAAAAGCUCGUUCUUGAAACCAAAACUGCUUCGUUUGUCAUCGCCGGAAAAUUAGUUAUUUCUUUCUUUGACGUUGUUGUCUUUGUAGUGUCUAUAACGUUUCGUUGUCGACUGGAAAAUAAGUUGACAACAAAAACGAACUUUUUAUUCAGUUAAGGCUUCAAAUAGAACAAGGGAAGAACAAAAAUAUGGCCAUCACGGUUAAAAUUUACUGAUAAAGCUGUAUACAAUGCUUAGCAUUUUUGGAUCAACGUUUCGGGAAGUCUCUGUGCAGCCUGUUAUAAGAAACAUAAAAAGCAAAGAGCAGCACAAAUUUUUACGUGCUCCUAAGCGAAGCAGGCCAUCUUAAUUAUUCUCAUACAUUUGUUUUAGGAACCAAGGAAGAAAAAACUAAAGACAAGAAAAGAACGUAACAAGCGACGUGCGAAAGCCAUGAAAGUCAAGGACGUGUUGUUAGCUGAUGUGGCCAAAAGAUCUGCUGUAAGUGGUGUUACAGUCAACUUUCUCUUUAAUAGGCAGGUUAAUCAACGACGACGGCGACACCAACGAGAACGGCAAAAAAGCAAUAGGUUUAGAUUAGCAAAACAACAACUUUGCACGUCACACGCGUUUUUGUACAUUUCUUUGCCCUCAUUGCACGACUACAACGUGAAAUUGCCUAAUUUCACGUUUUGUCUGACGUUUUCGUAGACGUCGCCGUCGUUGUUGCUCAAUCUCCCGGAUGACACCUCCAUAAAACGGACGGAGUUGGUCCCGGCUCGCCUUUCUUUACUCCUUCUGGUUUACUCUCAAACUCUGUAACGGAUAUUUCUCUAAGACGGACACAUAGUGCCAGUCCCAAAGGUGUCCGUCUUCGAGAGAGUUGAUGUUCUACCUAUUGCUUAGCGUGUCUCAAACUUUGAAAACAGAGACAAAAAAAUUAAAUCACCGACGAGAAACACACUACUUUGUGGUUGCUGACCUUCUUCCUCGCUUCUAACAAAGAUUAUUGGUUUUUAUCGAUUUUUAAUUGCCCUUUUUUACACAUGAAUGGGAAAAAACACGUAAUAUUAUACACAUUUCGAAAGAAAAGAAUCUCAAAAGGCGAGCAAGUCUCAAGAAGCCAUGAAGGCUUAUAGGUGAGACUUCCUCUUUACAUUGAUUGCUUAUACGUGAUUUGUUUCUUGUUUCUAUUUUACCAGCAACACGAUCCACCUAAUGAAGUCAAGUUAAUGUAUCAAAGACAUCAUCCGAAGGUGAGCGUCUAAUAAAGUUGUGUUGAGAUAUCCAGAUAAAACCCCGUAAAAUGAUAUCCAAACAAAACGGUUAUAAAAAAAGUCGACUUUAUGGGAGUAGAACGAUUACUGGUAACCCAGUAGUUUUAAUUGUAGACCUCAAGUAAGGACAGAAGAAAUAUUUGAAAAUAAACUUAUCAAUGUUAACAAUCCAAACUGGCCGGACGCAAACCAAUUAGCUAUUUUACAAGCGUGACCGAGAAGUUGAACUCCGGACUACCGAGAACAAAUCCGGCGCCUCCGGAUUGCAAUUCUAGAGCUCUAACUGCUCGGCCACGCUGCGUCCUCCAGUGAGAUAACGAGAUCCUCAAGAAAUUAAAAAUUAUAUAAUUAUAAAAUCUUGUCUUCGUAACGUUAUUAAAUCUCGAAAUUAGAGGUGACAGACUUCCUUCAGCUGUUCCUUGUCAGCAGUUGGUGAUUAACUAAUUUUGUGGUCAGUAUUCAGUACAGCCAUCCUGUGGUAGACAGAGUCAUCGAAUAUAAUCUUGUUUCCAGUUUUGUGUACUCGAAUUGGAAGCGAUUAUUCAGUUUCCGCGUAGUCGCAGAAAGGCGAAAGUUUGCCAAUUGCACUCAAUAGUAGAAAACCGAUUCAUUACUCUCCCUGGCGACCAACCAUUGACCGAGACGCCUUGAGACCCUGGGUAUGAGAAUGUGCCGACAUAGUAGCUCAGUGGUUUGAGCGUCCGAACUAGAACUCGGAGGGUCGUGGGUUCGAUUCUCGCCUGGAGCUCGGAAUUUUUUCUGAGCUUUCUGGUGUUAGAAAUCUUCUUCCAAAUUAAUCGAUUUCUUUUAAUCUUCUCCAGCGGUCUUCUCAACCCAGUCCAGCGCGGAUGAAGAUGGACAAUCCACAGGUUCGAAAGCAUGAACACAAGGAUUUAAACAGCAGAUCAUCGACGCCUGCCUCACAACCUAGUGUGUUGAGAAUGGAUGGAAAUGCUUGUAGGGUAGGUCAAUGAUGUAGUUGCAAAGAACGCUCUUUCUUAUGGGUGUCUGUCAAUUUCCAAAGUGAUAAUACUUUUCCCUCCUCCUCCAUUUAAAACCCGACGGAUAUUUUUUCUUUAACUUUUCUUUUAAGUCACCUAAAAAUAGUGUUCCACUUGUCCCACAAGUGGAACGGGCUAUCCCAGGAGCUGGCUAUCCUAAGGUAAUUUAUUUUAGUACGACCUUCCCAACGAUUGCGACCUACAAGUUUACAUUCCGGGAGUUAUUUUCUUUUAUUAUUCCACUAUUAUGUCAUUUUUCCAUAUAAGGUUAAGAGAACGCGCAAAAUACGAGGCCGUAAUACACUGUAGUUUCCUGGUUUAACCGGUUUACAACAGGGCGAAUACCGGCGAAUGCAAAAGGAGCAACUAUGGCUGACAGAAUCGGGAUAUUUUGGAUACCUCUUACUAGAAAACAGAAGCCAAAAUAACAUCUUUUUCUUUUGCAAUAAAAUAAUUGACCUCUCAUUCAAAGGUUUGGCAUAUAAUACGCGCGACAACUUUGCUCAUUGUUAACGUCAUUAUUACAGACGGAAUCAGGAUGUUCAGUGAAUGACUAAUAUCUAAAUAUCCGCACGUAUUAUAUGCUAAACCAUCGAAUAAGGUGUACUUGUUGUCACGUGUUUAUCAUAGUCAAGUACAAAGAUUAGGGUGCACCCGGCGUGGCGACGAAAUCGAUUUCCUUUGAAAUUCAUUUGACUUUGUUAUUAUUACCAACUUCCGCUAAAGGGACCGAAGACACAGAUUUAUCGAUAAGAACAGACAAAGAAUUUUAGAGGAGGGGGAAUGUGGGAUAGUAUGAAUUUCCCAUCAGUUGACCAACACGUUGUCUCUGGGACGUAGGGUGUGGGAAGCCCUAGGUAAUCCGUAGCCUUCUCCAAAGCAGCGACAAUAUCAUGAUCAGAGUUUGUAAGGGUGAAACAUCUAAAGGAAAACAAAGCAGUGGACUCUAUAACUGCUUUUAAUAUUUUUACAGCAUGAUUACCUGGAAGCUGUGACCAGCGCGUACAUGAUGAGUGGGGUGCUAGUGACCGAGUCUAAAGGUAAACAAGCCAUUUUUGUCGGCCAUCGUCAUUUUAUCAGGGCUUCUGAUAUUUCGCGGAAAAAAAAGCAAGAUUUCGCGGGAUUUUCAGGGGCAAAUUCGCGGAAAAAUCGGUCGAUUUCGCGGGAUUUUCACGGGGAAAAAAUCAAAAUUCGCCGAACAAUCGGCCGAUUUCGCGGGAUUUUAGCGGAAAAAAGUCAAUUUUCGAAGGAUUUUCAGGGGCAAAUUCCUAGAAAAAAUCGGCCGAUUGCACGGGAAAUUUUGGAGGGAAACUUCGCCAAGAAACAAUCAGUAAAAAACAGCCAAUUUCGCUGGAUUUUUUUUGGCAAAUUUUCGAUCAAUUUUGCGUCAAUAUGACCAGCGUUGGUGAACGUUUCUUUUAACAGGGAUAAUCAUUUGCUCUUUCAACAACAGUUCGCUCGAGAAAUGAGCGAAUGCUUUAGCUAAUUAACAUUAUGGUUAGUGCCCAGUUUUUCGCAACGUUCAUCUAAAAACGCCUGGUAGUUUUGGGACGUUGUUUACUCGUUCUAGUGACGAAUUUGGACGUUUGGUGUGAAUAAAACCGGUCUAAUAGCCAAGAUAAGCAUUAAAUAUGCUUUGCCGACAUGUAUUUGGAAAUAUUUCUGGCGGAUUUCGCGGUAUAUCGCGUCUUUUUGGGAAUUUCGCGGGUCCGCGACCGCGCGAAAUAUCAGAAGCCCUGUUUUAUUGAAGCCACCCACCACUAGCCUGUGUACAGCCGCCCCCACUCUUCGGGAAGAGACCCUCGCUACCGAAGGGGAGAGGGUGGCUGUACACAGGCUACCCACCACCAAAGUUAGUUUGACCUUUAUCAGGUAACGAGCUAUUCCCACUCGAAGUUUCCCCCUAAUAGACGCGCAUCAACGUUUUGGUACUUACGCAUUCAUUCAUAAGGGCACCUCUCUAUUUUGGACAACUGUUGCGGUCUCAGAUAUACCAAGCUUCAUACAGCUUGUACCGUCAUAAUACGGACACCUCUGUGAUACGUACCUUGGCUCCGUCCCUUCUGCGUCUGUGUUUACUAGGUUUGAUUGUACUCCACUCACAAUCUCACUUAAUGUUUUCUUUUUUCUUCAGAUGUUCCACAUUUUCGCUACACGGAUGGUAAAACAUAUUUAAAGGAAACGCUGUCCCCUGAACGAAAUGACAAGUAAGCAAUUUCAUCUUGUAAUAUGAAAAGUUAAUCAUCAAAGCAGGCUUAUUAUACUACAUUUAUGAAGUGUUUACGGUGGAACCUCAAAAGUUGCUUAAGCCACGUCCGGGUAAAGUGCUGCAAAGUUUGAUCGCGAGAAAGAUAAAUUUGUAUAGACGCAAGGAAAGUACUUAGUAGUUGAGUUUGUGUUGUUGAUGCUAUUCUUUUCACUGCUCCUAAUAAAAAUGGUAACUUUUAUUUUCACAUUUUACUUCCCAAGUUACGCUAUUUUUCGUAGAAAAAAGGAAACCUAACAUUUUCGGAUCCAAAAAUGCGAUGGAGAGAGGAAUCAGAAAUGUCUCACUGUCGUAAUACGUCAAAUUGCAUCUAAAAUUUUUCGGGAAAAUAAUAUUCAAGCCCUUGUGAUUUCGAAAAGGUUCAAGUUCCCCUAGGAUGACCGAACAGAUACAAAUGUUGUAGUGCCGCUUAGAAUGCAUUUCUAGAAAUCCAACAGUACUCUGGAUAGCCUAAAAUUGUUUUCAAUUUCUUUGGGAGGAAAGCGUCGUUGGGUGCCCCUGCUGCUUAGCACUCGUUCCCGUAAAAGGAAAGCGUGAAAUCCGACGCAAGAGCAAAAAGGGAAGGGUAGGGUGGUUCAAGCAAACUAGUGGAGAAUAAAUUCACAGAAUAAGAGGCGAGUUACAUAGUCUGCUACACAGCCGUUUUAAGUGUCGUCACGCAACGCUCAUCCCCACAGGAUGCGUUGCGUGACGACACUAAAAACGGCUGUGUAGCAAACUACGAGUUACAAGAAGGGAGCAAAGACAUCAUACCCAGAGUAGAGUACCGUUAGGAAAAUGCACUCGCCAACCAUGACCUCUUGUACCCUAUAUGUUGUUUUAUAACACAUUGUAUGGAGCUUUGUGGUUUGUGCUUCAUGUAAAUCCUGUUUUGUUAGCAUAAGUGGUUGGUCUGUGGCCAGUCAUGUGCCUCACCCUCAAGGAUUUGAAAUUAGUGAAGAAGAGGGACAUUUUACAGUGUCUUACUUGGCGAAGCAGCUGGAAAAAACAACUGGUACGUGAAAUGAAAGAAAACGUUUAACACAGUGAACGUUUAAAUACGAUUAUAGCGAAAUAGUGUUUUUUCGUUUGUUUGUUUUUCCCUUUACAUCAUUGACUCUUUAACUGAAUGUGUCUACAGAAUUCAAUGUGUCUAUUUCAAGUAAACCUGAUUUGAACAAGUUUUUUUGCCUGGUUUCGUUAAAUCCCCUCCAAUCAUGUGUGUAAGCAUCGGUCCACUGUUUGACAGUUUCAUUAAAGCAAACGAAACCAAAUCUGAAUUGAGCAUUUUUGUAGUUUUCUUAUAUUCGCGGUCAUUAGUUUUCCUUAACAAUGGAAUGUUUAUACUAAGGACGCAUUAUCCAUCUGGACGAACUUGGGUAAACGUUUUGUAGUUCGUCUGGAUAUGCGUCUAAAGUAUAAAGACGGGCACAAGACGCAUGUGUCCAGACGAGCUACCUUGCGUAGUGCGUCGUUCAAGACGUAUUACAAAGGAUAGUUCGUCCAGACGUAUAAUGCGUCUUGUGCCCGUUUUUAUACUUGGGACGCAUAACCAUUAUUAUUAUUAUUAUUAUUAUUAUUAUUAUUAUUAUUAUUAUUAUUAUUAUUAUUAUUAUUAUUAUUAUUAUUAUUAUUAUUAUUAUUAUUAUUAUUAUUAUUAUUAUUAAGACGCAUAACCAUUAUUAUUAUUAUUAUUAUUAUUAUUAUUAUUAUUAUUAUUAUUAUUAUUAUUAUUAUUAUUAUUAUUAUUAUUAUUAUUAUUAUUAUUAUUAUUAUUAUUAUUAUAACCAGACGAACUACAAAAUGUUUGCCCAAUUUCGUACAGACGGAUAAUGCGACUGUAGUAUAAAGACGGCUAUAGACGCAUUAUCCGUGCGUGUGGACGGAUAACGCGUCCUCUAGUAUAAAAAGCGGCCAAUGUGUUAGCAUUAUAAGGACAGUUGUCUUUGAUUUAUGGCGAAAGCAUAAACCGUAGUAACGUAUUUCUGUUAAUUUACUCAUUUUGUUUACAUCGAAAGUAGUUACAGACGGGUAUUGUUGCAAGCGUCGUGUGUGUGGAGUCCAGUGUCACAAUAAGCCCCUCAACUGUGUGCGCGGCAAGCGGUCGGGGGGAUUGGGGACUGAAAUGGGCUUGUGACAAGGCGGAAGGAACGCGAAUUAACCUCUUUCCCCUUCGCUUUCGACAGAUUAACCAUCUCCUUAAUGCGUGGACGUCAAAGUCAAGAUAUACAACAACCGGAGGAAGGGAACUUAUUUCUGCGAUUUUGUUUUGUAGAAUGCACCUCUCCAGUAUCGCGACUGAGUCGGAACGAAAACAGAAUCAGUUCAGCCUUGGAUCUGGCGCGAAAAAUCACUAUGUACAACUCGCGCUACAAGACAGCCGGUAUAAUAGCGCAGGAGACUGAGUUCCAGCCAUCGCCAUCACUCAGACCCAGGACUCCCGUUCAACCUUAUCCUUUCUUUCCAUGGCAGCCGAAGGCAGACUGCUUGUCCAGCACCAAGGUAUAAGUUCAAAAAAUUCAAGGCAACUCACGUCAUUUCGAAAAGUAAAGUACACAUACAUUUUUGCGCCAUGUACAGUACUAAAAGUACUACCUUGUUUCCGACUUGAUGUGACCACACAAAUGAAGGCCAGUAUAAACAGUACUUUCCUGUGCGUAUGUUUAUUAUACUCUACAAGAUGACUCCAACGUUUGAAUGUGUAGAUGAAAUCGUAAAUUGUGACCACUCAAAUGAAAGCAACAGAGAAGUGCUUUCCUUUGGAGUCCUAAAGUGUGAAGGAUACUAAGUAGUACCUUCCUAUGGUAAUGUUUCUUAGCGGAGCACCAUAGGUGAGAAAAUUUGGUUAUUCAUGCAUCGGAGAAAUUUUGGUAGUCGCGUGACCGUACGUGCUCCGUCCUCACCACGGGAUAACCAAUGUGAAAUGACCUUUUUUAAUUUGAGUGGAACCUUCAACCCGUGCGGUUUUAAUAACUUGAUGACAGACGUCUGUGUUACGGUCAUCUUGGCCAACCGGACUUUUAGAGAGGGAAAAAAACAACAACAAAGCUGAGUCUAUUUUUCGACUAAAUUUUAAUGUCUAUGCUGACGUGGCUAAAUUUUAAUGUCUAUGCUGACGUGGAUAACAGAAAAAGAGCUAGAGCGAGAUAUAAAAAACAAAAGAGACAAAUUUAGAAUCACAACGUGAAAAUUUUAAAAGCGGUGUUGCCAGAAAAAAAAUGAGAAAUGUUAGAAGCCAGUAAGGUUAAAAUGAGCGGCAGUGAAAAAGAAAGUGAACAGGAACAGCAAUUUUUGGGGGGAGAACAUACGACGUUUCCUCCGUGAAAGAUGUAACUAGAAAGUUUCACGUUGUAGCUGUGCAACAACAACGGCAAAGAAAUGUACAAAAAAGUGUGCUGCACGUGCAAAGUUGUUUUUUGCUAAUUAAACCUACUGUUGUGGUAGUUGUUUUGUCGUUGUUGUUGUUGGUUUUUCUUUGCCGUUCUCAAUGCCGUCGCCGUUUAGCAUUACACGUUUUUAUUUUUGCUUGAGUAAAUUAUACGUUUUGUAACGAGGGCUUCGCUUUUAGCCCCCGCUAAAUUUAUAUAUUAUGCUCUAUAAGGUGGUUCUAACUUUUGAGUCCAUGGAUGAGUGACCAUUCAAUGUUUCCUGCAGUGCCGGUUAUUAUGCUUAACAAGCCUCUCCUAAGAUUUGUGUGUGAAUAAAAUCCUAAGUGGUACCUGAGUGUACUUAUUCUCUUUUGCUGGUCUUUUUUUUGUAGGCACGUUUGUAUGAACCCUCGAAGCCUGCGAAGGAAGCGGAAGUGCGAAAAUCCUUGUCUCAGAUGUCACUCGAAGGAAAGAAAACAAAAAGAUCAAGUUUUAAAAAUCCGUCAAAGAAGAAAGUUGUAUCCGUUGUUGUAGAUGAGGGAACAAGUUUGCAAAAAUUUAACGAACGUGGGGACACGAAAAACGAAGGUAUUAUUUGCUAGCUUAAGCCCUAGCUUAGGGGAAACACUCUUAGAACAUUUGUUGUGAGAGUGUUCUCGAUCGAGCGUUUUCGAAAUUUUUAGUUUUACACGUUGUGGUCCCCGUAAAAUGUUUGAACUUACAGAAGCAGUUUGCACGUUCAACGUUUUUGCACACGUGACCUAAAAUCUAAUGAAGCUAAAAUGUUCAGUCAAUGUUUUCAGAAGGGGCCAGGGUCUGGACAUUUCUACUGGCUGCUACAAGCACCACACCUGGCUACAUUGGGAGGAACGAAAAGGAAAAUAGAAUAUCAGAACUUCUAAACUGUUCAAUAUCCAAACCUCUAAUUGCAUAUAACCAGCAACCUAAAAUCUUUUUGACAGCCCUGUGGUACCAUUCUAAAGUACUGCAAAAGAUUCUGAGGACUGACAAAAGACGUUCGCAUUUUAAUCUUUAAUAUAUUACCUUAAGUUCAACAGCUUGGGCCCAAAACCACCUCUCAGGCUUCGAAGAAUAGUAAACUGUCCAUGACACAGUUGAAUGCACUGGACAGUGCGCACGCUCAACCACAGCCAUUGGUAGGACCCAGGCCCAUGAAGAAAUACACGGGCAACGGCCACACGCAAGUUAACAGAAACCCUACUGGCUUGGUUAGUUAUUAAUGUUUUUUCGCUUAAUACUUGGUCCCUGUAUGCUGUGGGCAUGCCUUCAUGCACGUAACAGAAAGCUUAAAGAAACAAUGACAAUACCAUAUAGAAGAAUUAACCUAUCAAGAAUAUAAACGUGGAACGUGAUUGAAGCCUACCAGUGCGGUAAAGCUGCUUGAAUCUUGUUAAAGCAAAAAUUAGUUCUUUUUAUCUUUAUUUCCCUCCCCCCCCCCCCCCCCCCCCCACAAUCUUUUAACAUUUCUCCCCCCCCUCUUUCUUUUUCUUUUUUUUUUUAAUUUACAAAAAAAAAAAAAACAAACAACAAAAACACAAAAAAAAAAAAAAAACAUUUUUAUAAUUAAAUUAAUUCUCUUGUUUUUUUUUUUUUUUUUCUUUCAACACAAAAAAAAAAAAAAAAAAACAAAAACACCUAAAAAAAAAAUAUACUGCAUAAAUAAAAAAUUGCGGACAUUUUUGUAUAUCUCAUCAAUGUUAAAAUUGUUUUACUUUUUUUUAAAUAAAAAUAUUUUUUUUUUUUUUUUUUUUUCCCCCCCCCCCCCCCCCCCCCAUACAAUUUAUGUCAAGUUACCUUCACCGCCUUUGGCUGUUUUCCCUUGUUUUAAGAUUAACCAAAAAGUACCAUACGGCAACCAAAACGUCGAAAAAAAAGAAAUACUUUUCUUAAAGUGUGACACUUUCGUGGUUCAUUUCUUUUCCGUCUCUCAAAACGACAACGUGAAAAUGUUUUAUAGAGAACGUAACUAAACGGCGGCGAUUUUUCUUUGGGGGUGGUUAGAUCCUAGUACCGUGCAGGAAGAUCGUAGAAGGCGGAACAACUUUUUGUUGGGUUUACAUGCAGAAAAUUCAGUCUUGUAGUGCUCAAGUAGAGAAGGAUUUAGAAGGAAUUAAAAAUAGCGGAUGUCCAAAAAUAGAAAUGCAAUUUGAGCCCUUCUGCUCUUUUUACUGGCGUUAAUUACCACCUUUUAGCAGAUUUAUCACAAUAAUCAGUUCGUGGUAAUGCCAAGGGAAAUGGUCGGCCUUCAUUGCCGUGAUAAGCCAGUGAACGACCCGCCGCCAUUUUUGUCUGAUUUGUCCCUAGUACCUAGAUCUUCGUAGCAUGGUGGUAGGAUCUUUCAGCAAGGAAGAUCCUAGCGCUUGGGACAAGUAGAACCCAUUGCAUGUAAACCGAACACAGAAAACAUAUGGCCCUAGGAUGAUCCGCCUUCAAGGGUCUUCCUGGUGCUAGGAUCUUCCUCCCAGCAUGAAAACAGGCCCUUUCUCUUUCUGAACUUGGAUAUGGUUCUUAGAGAUUCAACUCCGGGAGAGUUCGCCUUUCAUUUGUCAGAGUGAGUGAGUUGGAGUAAUCGCGAUCUCGUUUCAAAGAACGCGAAACCACUUUCGACGUUUUCGCGGCCGUCGCAGUUGUGGUGUCCUAAAGGCCCUCAUUGUUUUUGGGAGUGAAUGGGUUCAAGGAAGAUGUUCACAGGGAUGUGGAUAACAUACAAGAGCGAGAAUUUUUUUAUAGAAAUGGUUAGUCGUACACUUAAAAGAUAUAUUUUGUUUCUUUUUGUUGCAGACCCCGAGCGCAAUUGAUAAAAUCAAUCCUCCUUUAGCAAAGUUCAAUACAAGCGUUAGAGAAACAACUCGUUUCACCAGUAGCAAUCUGUCUGUUGUCAGUGGCCGCCAAUCUCCCUUAUAUGUAGCUGUCCCAGUUGACAGACCGCCGGUAAAAGUUAAACCCAAGAUGCACGCCUCUGAGCAGGAUACUAUAGAUAUAUCAACAAUCAAUGAACUAAGGAGCAAACUGAUUGAUGUCUCCAAUUCAGGGUGAGUCCAGCCAACUGACUCUCACCAGGCUUCAGUGCGCAACGCGACUAAAACGAGUACUCCUAGGGUCAAACGCAAAGAUACUUAUUUACCAACAGUAAAUCGUCUUGCAUCAUUCUUUUGUAUAAAUAUAAACUUGUUGAUAAAACACUCCUUUUUCGUUUCUUUUCUUUUUUUCUUUUAAGAGAAAUCUCUCCCAAGUCAUUUUUCGGAACUAAACGGCGAGAAACAAUUUUUUCAAGAUCUUAGGAAUGAAAAAAAUAAUAAUAAUGCAAUGCUGUUUUUUUUUUUCAGAACGUUGGUAACGUACGCUUUACAGAACCAAGAAGAGAGGGAAGAGGUAGGUAGGAAUGGCAGCUGAAAAGAAAAUUUCUCUUGAGCACCAAGUAUUUUUUACAUUGCACCUUCAGAAAUAACAUUAUACUCAAAUUGCAGCAGGUAUAUUUGGUAAUGUCAGCAAUCGUUUUUUCUCCUGGCAGCAGGAGAAGAACAGCAGCGGAAGUGAGAGAGACCAUGCUCCAGACAAUGUCACGCGGUGGAAAGGGGACGAGCCUAAUUGUGUUACCAUGGCAACUGGUGUAAUUCCCUGGGAAGACAAUAGCUUACAACAUGUUGGCUUUGUCACUGGAAAACAUGGCCAGAAGUCUCAAUCCCCUGUUACAACAACUGGUAAGUUAAAAACGAAGUAGACUCGUACUUGAGUGUUACUUGGGGAAACAGGGAGCUUAAGAAACAACGACGGCUACGAAAAUGUUACUUAUUUGGCGCUGUCUCAAACUUCAGCGCACUUAUUCCAUCACGUGCAAUUUGUCAAAUGAUGUAUCGAAAAUCAGGGAAGGAAAAAGAAAGUUGUUUUCUUGUGUUCACGUCCUCCAAAAAGCAAAAACCGGGCACUUUCACGCCGUAGUCGUGCCGUGACGGCAAGAAAUGUACUUAAAAGCGUAGUGCACGUUCAAAGUUGUUGUUUUGGUUAUCUAAACCUAUUGCUUUUUUGCCGUACUUGUUGCCGUCGCUGUAGUCGUUGCUUAACCUCCUUAAUAAGAGUACUUGUGAGCCGGUGUAUAUGCUGUCUCAAUAGUCCUCUAAUGUAGCAGCUGACCUCCAGUUGGUGUUUGGGAGGCUGAAGGCAUCGUUUCGGUUGUUUGUUCAAUGUUCUCUGAAAGCCAUUUAUGUGAGACCAUGAGAGAGCUGUUGCAUUACCUUGACGAAAGGAACUAUAGUAAAAAGCAAUUAUGGUAAUUUCGCGAUUUCCUCAUUCUGAAUCUGGAUGUUACUAAACGGAAACUUAGCAUAGGAAAGCGGAAAUGAGAACGAGACAGGAAAUGGGUAGUUAGGUUAGUGAUAAGGGUUGGGUUUAGUAUGGUUAGGUUUUGUCCCCAUAGUUAACUUUCCUAUCCAUGAUCAUUCUAUUGUCCCGUUCCCUGUUUUAGUAGCAUUUUUUGUGACCCGUGGAACACGAUGGAACGGAUAAUAGAUUUUCUGAGUUUUAAAAUUCCAGUCGUAUUAGAAUCACUGAUCACCCCCUUGGUCAAUUGUAGGGGCGAUAUGAUCGUUUCUGCCGUUAAGCACCAGUGUCCCUGGAUGAAGAAGCUUUUUUUUGUUUCAUUUCUUUAGGAAUAGUACAAAUUGGAAAGGGUUUGGGAGAGGAGGAACUCAUUGCUGGCAACUCUAAGAAGUCAACUACGCGUUGUAAAGCCUCUGAAAGUCCCUCUAGGAAUCCGGAAUCAGGUUUGCUCUUCAUUGCUUGCUAGUUUCUGAAGAAUUACUGAACAUAUUGCACUAUUUUAUUGCUCUGUUAGAGCAUUUAUGCUAAUUUUGAAAACGGAGCUCUUUUGCCAUUGUUUUGUGAGUGUUUCUUUGCAUUUCGCUUUCAAAGGAGUUAGGCUUAGAAUCAGAUUAUAACAGCGCGUACUUGCCUUGCCAGGUGCUGCGCCAUCGACUAUUUCGCUGACUUUUCAGUUUAAUUCUGGAGUAUUUCCUCAAGAAAAAAACUCUUCACCGCCGCAAAGACCACCUGCCUUACCACCACAGCUGAAGAACUUUUUCAGACCACACGGAGCUCCACACAGAUAG